AUGAAGGGCCCAAUCACGUUCACUUUUGUCGCCGCAUCUGCUUUCGUCACCCACGUCGCCCUUGCACAAGUGGAUCCAGGACCGUCACCAACCAAUUCAUAUGAUUGUGAGCCUCAUGGCGACCACUGGCACUGUGAAGGUCCCAUCACUCCGUCAGCCACACUCCCAGCGUCUGUAACCACGCCCUCAGUCGCAGUCAUCACGACCACCUCCCAUGCUGGAAAUGGCCACUCUGCUGACACAGGAACACUGGCACCAUCCCCAACCGAGUCUGUAGGCUGUGAGCCGCAUGGCGACCACUGGCACUGCGAUGCACCAGCCGCCACCGUCACCACUACUGGAACUGGUGCUGAGAGUGUCACAAUAGCUCUAAGCCCAACUGAGUCUGUUGGCUGCGAACAGCAUGGUGACCACUGGCAUUGUGAGGCCCCCGCAGUCACGUCUGGCUCAUCAGUUGGGACUAUCACCAGCGUCGCUGCGAACCGCACCGUCACUCCUUCCUCGACCCAAGCCACUUUCAUCCCGUCUAACGGUGCCACCUUACAUGGUGCUGGGUAUGGCUUCUUUGCUGCACUUUUCAUUCUGGCUGUUUCCAUGUCCCUAUAA